GCAACCAAAUAUUUCGAUUUCAAUUCAAAAAUUAGUUAUCUUUGCUCUAUAUUUUAGAUGAUGACAAACAUUUGUGCACAUUAAAGAGUACUUACUCUCUCUCUCUCUCUCUUCCAAAAUGGCUGCGAAGUACUCUACAAAGCUUCACUUUCUUCUCCUUCUUCUCUUUUUUCUGUUAACCAAUUCUGCAACUCCACUAAACUUCAGUUUCUCUAGAUUCAACGGCAAGGACUACCCCACCAUAUGCACAGAAGGCGAUGCAUAUAUUGACACCCAAUUCCUCCGCCUCACCAACAGCAGCCUAGACAAUGAUAUGAAAGGCAGUGUUGGCAGAGCCACCUACAGCCGACCCUUCCUCCUCCGUGAAAACAGCACUGGAAAACUCGCUGACUUCACCACAAGUUUCAACUUCGCCAUCGUCUCCAUGGACUCAGACAACAAAUCCAGCUAUGGCGACGGCCUAGCCUUCUUCAUAGCCCCAAACGGGUCCUUCAUCGGCACCAAACUAGCAGCUGGUACCACUCUCGGCCUCCCUUACAACUUCACAUCUCCAAAAGACACCGCUUUUGUGGCGGUGGAGUUUGAUAUCUACGCUAAUCCAAUGGUCGAUCCCCCGUACGAACAUGUGGGUAUAGACGUAAACUCUCUCAACUCUAGCAUUACCAGACCUUGGAAAGGAGGUAUUAAGGAAGGAAAAAGAAAUAGCGCUACCAUUAGUUACAAUUCCACUUCAAAAAAUCUGAGUGUUGCCUUCACUACCUAUGUAAGCAAUACGAGUGAUACACAAGUGAUGAAGCAUUUUUAUUACAUUAUUGAUCUGAAACAGUACUUGCCUGAUUGGGUUGUUGUUGGGUUCUCUGCUUCAACGGGUAACUAUACUUCUCUGAAUAAGAUCAUCUCAUGGAAUUUCAAUUCAACUUCACUAGGUGAUCAUGACAGUAAGGUCGGUAUUGCAACGGACAACCAAACACCAAGCGCCAUGGCCAGUACUAAUUCCAACCGCAAGUCAAGAAACAAGAGUAUAGGCCUUGCAGUUGGGUUGGCGAUUGGUGCCUGUGCUGUCUUGUUUGGUGGAUUGGGUUUGAUUCGGUUAGUCAUGUGGAAGAAAAGGGAAACAACUGUUGAAAGUAGUGAUGAAGAUCCCAUAGUUCAUGAAUUGAUUGACGAUGAAUUUGAAAAGGGGGCCGGACCAAGGAAGUUUUUGUAUAGCGAAUUGGCUCAGGCCACCAGCAAUUUUAGGGAAGGAGAAAAGCUUGGAGAGGGAGGAUUCGGUGGGGUUUAUAAAGGCUUUAUAACAGAUUUGAAGUCAUAUGUUGCUGUUAAGAAGAUAUCGAGGGGUUCUAAACAAGGACUUAAAGAAUAUGCUUCUGAAGUGAAGAUCAUCAGUCGACUUAGGCAUCGCAAUCUUGUGCAACUGAUUGGCUGGUGCCACGAAAGAAAAUUCUUACUUGUGUACGAGUUCAUGCCUAACGGGAGCUUAGAUUCUCAUUUGUUCAAAGAGCAGAGCUUGUUGACUUGGGACGCAAGAUACAAAAUUGCACAAGGUUUGGCCUCCGGAUUGCUCUAUCUACACGAAGAGUGGGAGCAAUGCGUGCUGCAUAGGGAUAUCAAAUCAAGCAAUGUUAUGUUAGAUUCGAAUUUCAACGCAAAACUUGGGGAUUUCGGGUUAGCUCGACUUGUGGACCACGGAAAACAGUCGCAAACCACAAUUUUGGCUGGAACAAUGGGGUACAUGGCUCCGGAUUAUCUCAGCACCGGAAAGGCUAGCAAAGAAUCUGAUAUCUACAGCUUCGGAGUUGUUGCUCUGGAAAUAGCGUGUGGGAGAAAACCGAUCGAUCUUCCAAAGUCCGGAAGUAGUCCAAUCAAUUCUGUUGAGUGGGUUUGGGAGCUUUACGGAGAAGAAAGAGUUAUUGAAGCUGCUGACCCAAAGCUGUGUGGGGAUUUUGUUGAGAAACAAAUGGAGUGCUUGAUGACUGUUGGGUUAUGGUGUGCUCAUCCGGAUUACAGUAAGAGGCCUUCAAUACAACAAGCAAUUCAAGUGCUUAACUUUGAGAUUCCCUUGCCCAUUCUCCCAUCAAAGAUGCCAGUGGCUACCUAUUUUGAUCCUCCGAAAUCGCUAUCAAUGUUUUCUACUGAUACUAGUGGUUCUCAGGGAUGUCAAACAGAGUCUUCAAACUAUGGUCACAACGCAAAUUCCUCAGAGUUUACCACAUCUUCUCUUGCCACAAAUUAUCAUCCUUCAAAUUAAUUUACGUAAGAAAUAAGCGGACCUUAGUAAUUAUUAUAAUCUGGAUCCUAAGGUUUUGGGAUUGUUGUAACUUCACUGUUGUUAACCAUCAUAUAUAUAGCAGUCUUGUC